AUGAGUUUCUUUGCGCCUCGAGUAGCUGUAAACAAGGCAAACAAAACAGCUUCUGAAAAGAAAGCAGAGAUUAAAGCCAGCCAACCUUGGGUGGAGAAAUAUCGACCUAAGUCUAUGGAUGAUAUCUCAUCACAAGAACAAGCAGUGGCUGUUUUGAAAAAAGCAUUACAAUCAGAUAAUUUACCUCACUUACUGUUUUACGGUCCUCCUGGUACUGGUAAAACAUCUACCAUUUUGGCUUUAGCGCACGAACUUUAUGGACCCAAACUUGUGAAAUCAAGAGUACUGGAACUCAAUGCUUCUGAUGAAAGAGGUAUCCAAAUUGUUCGUGAUAAAGUGAAGGAUUUUUCAAGAACCACUGUAACUGGCAAGGUUGAUGGUUAUCCUUGCCCGCCUUUUAAAAUUGUUAUCUUGGACGAGGCAGAUUCAAUGACAAACGAUGCCCAGAGUGCUUUACGUCGUACAAUGGAAACAUAUUCAAAAACCACAAGAUUCUGUUUGAUCUGUAACUAUGUCAGUCGUAUUAUCGAACCUAUUACAUCACGUUGCGCCAAAUUCAGAUUCAAAUCCUUGCCUGUCAAUGAUUUAGAACAAAGAUUACAGAUGAUCGCUGAUAAGGAGAAGGUUUAUUUAGCCCCUAAGGCCCUACAGACCAUAAUCGACUGUUCCGGCGGUGACUUGAGAAAAGCCAUCACCUUGCUACAGAGCGGAUAUAACUUAGCAACUGCCGACAAGUCGAAGAGUGACACUGAAAUGAUCACGCCUCGCAUGGUGGAGGAAUUAGCGGGUAUGAUACCCAAUGACGCUAUUCAACACCUUAUGGAUCUAUGCAUUACCAACGUCUCAAAUACCACUGUAAAAGACAUCCAAAAAGCUAUACAAGAUAUGAUGAAUGAAGGAUAUGCGGGGGAGAAUAUUUUACUACAAACACAUGCUGCGUUUAUUCACAACAAUCAGUUGGAUACGCUUCAAAAAUCUAGAAUUGCUCAAUUUAUGGCGACAGUGGAUAUUGAUUUGAUCCAAGGAGCUGAUGAACAAUUACAGUUAUUGAAUUUGAUGUGCCAAAUGGCGAACAUUGCUGCAACCGCGAGCUAA